CCGUUCCACAAUUUAUACCCGCCCACAAACAGACAGACAAUGUAUCUUUGAAUUACACUUAAUCUGAGUACCCUAUUGAAAUGGAAAAUGAUCAACUCUGUUCUCUGGAUAUUACUCUUGCUCGAAAGUGAUCUGAUUGAUGCUGUAAAUGUGUCGGGAAAAGAGGGAAUGAAAGUAACUUUACCGACUGGACUUAAUGACCUACCUAUUGGCACUAUUAUGGCAUGGUCUUUCCCAUUGAGUCGUUCAGAUUCAUUUGAUAACAUAGCGCUGCUGAAUGCUGGUGUGAUUAAAACGGACUACAGUAGGACGUUUAAAGACAGACUGAAGCUGGAUACUCAGACUGGAUCUCUCACCAUCAGAAACCUCAGCAUCAGCGACUCUGGACUUUAUAAAAUAAUUAUCAUCAAUACACAGAGUUCAUCUAAGAUUACAAAUCUAACUGUCUAUGCCUCAGUGUCUGCUCCUCACAUCAGUCACUCAGUGGACAGUCCAUUUGAAAAAGUGAGCUGUUCCUUGGUGUGCACUGUGAAGAACGGGAGAGAGGUGAUCUUGUCCUGGUACAGAGGAGGGGAGAUACUCAACCAGACCAGCAGCCCUGAUAUUCUAGCCAAUCUCUCUCUCCCUCUGGAGUUAAACACAAGAAAUGUUGACACCUACAGCUGUGAGGCUUCCAACCCUGCUGACUCAAAACCAACUCCACUCAACAUUGAAACGCUCUGCCCUCAAUUGUCCUCACGCUCUGCCCUCAAAGGGUCUGGUCGCAAUCCUGUCCCAAUCGCACUGGUCACAUUGCUAUCAGUUGGGAUAAUAAGUGGUGGUAUAUUCUGGGCAGUUAAAAUAAUAAAAUGUGGAGCCUGCAAGCAAAGAGAAGAAGAAGGAUCCUGAUGUGAACUUUCAGAGAUUGGUAAGGACUGGAUUCAAUCACUCCUCUCUCAAAGCUGUGACCUUGGCGUGGUUUAGAGGCUUGUGUGUCUCAAUGACCCUGAGAGCUACGCCGGAGGGGGCAUGGGCCCCUGGUAGGUUUAGCCAUUCCGGAUUGGUCUUAGGUCAGGGGCCAGACCAACGACAGCAUUGGUCCUACAUGUUUCACGUUGGGAUGGUGCUAUAGGUUGGCAACCAUAACACUCUGACAAUGUUAAAUACUGUGUAUGUCUUUACUGUCAUUUUAAAUGUGUUUUUUUCAUAGUAUUGUACCUUUUAUUUUACAAGAAAUAUGCUUGAUAAAAAUGCAAUUUAAUUGUUGUUGUUGUUUAAGUCUUAACAUUUGUCAACCACAAGGUUGACCUGGUCCUUGUGCUCCAGCUCAGCAAAUUACAUUCCCCCCCCCCCCCCAAAAAAAACAAAAAGCCAUAAAGAUUUUAUACCUUUCUCACAUUUAUACCUUUCAUUGCCACUAUUGUAUACUUGAGUGUCAUUUCACAUACAAAUAGCACCGCUAUUUAUUUGUCUGUUGCAUAAUGUGUAUGUCUUUAGUGUUAUUUCAUUGUGGUGUACGUUACUUGGUAAAAAUACUAUAUUAUUAUUGUUAUUUAGGUCAUAACAUUUGUCUGAAAACCAGGAUUAGUAGUAUUUAAACAAUCAAAUUAGUUAAAUCAUGGCACCACAUCCACUCCCUGAAACAGUUUUACCAUUUAUUUUCAAAAUGCUUGUAACCGACUUCCCAAACCUACUGAUCUCAUGGGCAUGUUUAAACUUGUGGGGAAUGUUUUCACAAAGGUUUGUCCUACCUGUAUCUCCGCUCUAGAGAGUCUCUUAUGUUCUCCACUAUUUACCAAAUGACAUUAAAGCCUGAUAGGAAGGUUUCUGUAGUGUUCUUAGCCACAUUGGACAUAAGUGUCAUAGUCAUUAACUUAAUAGAAAGUCAAUAAGUUAGCUUAACAUUAUUGAAUAUCAACCAGAUACAGCACACUACUACCAGUAUACUGUAAUUGAUGCAGGGUUAAGAUGUGGGUUUGGCAGGGGAGGAAUGUACAACUCAAUACAUUACAGAGAAAACUCUUUGGGAAUGAGCAGAUACGAGUAGUGAUAAGACAAUGGGAAAGUACACAGAACAGGUAAGAUAAGACCGGAAAAAGACAUAGGUUAGCAUAAAUACAGUACCGGUCAAAAGUUUGGACACCUACUCAUCCAAGGGUUUUUCUUUAUUUUUACUAUUUUUACAUCGUAAAAUAAUAUUGAAGACAUCAAAACUAUGAAAUAACAUGGAAUCAUGUAGUAACCAAAAAAAGUGUUAAACGAAUCAAAAUAUAUUUUAGAUUUUAGAUUCUUCAAAGUAGCCACCCUUUGCCUUGAUGACCGCUUUGCACACUCCUGGCAUUCUCUCAACCAGCUUCACCUGGAAUGCUUUUCCAACAGUCUUGAAGGAGUUCCGACAUACCCUAAUCACUUUUUGGCUGCUUUUUCUUCAUUCUGUGGUCCAGCCCAUCCCAAACCAUCUCAAUUGCAUUGAGGUCAGGUGAUUGUGGAGGCCAGGUCAUCUGAUGCAGCAUUACAUCACUCUCCUUCUUGGUCAGAUAGCCCACACCUGGAGGUGUGUUGGGUCAUUGCUCUGUUGAAAAACAAAUGACAGUCCCACUAAGUGCAAACCAGAUGUGAUGGGAUAUUGCUGCAGAAUGCUGUGGGUAGCCAUGCUUGUUAAGUGUUCUUUGAAUUCUAAAUAAAUCAAUGACAGUGUCACCAGCAAAGCACCCCCACACCAUCACACCUUCUCCUCCGUGCUUCACGGUGGGAACCACACAUGUGGAGUUCAUCCUUUCACCUACUCUGCAUCUCACAAAGACAUGGCGGUUGGAACUAAACAUCUCAAAUUUGGACUCAUUAGAUUUCCACCAGUCUAAUAUACAUUGCUCGUAUUUCUUGGCCCAAUCAAGUCUAUUCUUCUCAUUGGUGUCAUUUAGUAGUGUUUUCUUUGCAGCAAUAGACCAUGAAUGCCUGAUUCACACAGUCUCCUCUGAACAGUCGAUGUUGAGAUGUCUGUUUUUUUAACUCUGUGAAGCAUUUAUUUGGCCUGGGUCUUCCUUUCCUGUGGCGGUCAUGAGAGCCAGUUGCAUCAUAGCGCUUGAUGAUUUUUGCGAUUGCACUUGAAGAAACUUUCACCUUUCUUGAAAUUUUCCGCAUUGGCUGGCCUUCAUGUCUUAAUGUAAUGAAGGACUGUCAUUUCUCUUUGCUUAUUUGAGCUGUUCCUGCCAUAAUAUGGACUUGGUCUUUUACCAAAUAGGGCUAUCUUCUGUAUGCCACCCCUACCUUGACACCACAACAGAUUGGCUCAAAUGUAUUAACUUCUAUACAAGGCACACCUGUUAAUUGAAAUGGAUUCCAGGUGACUACCUCAUGAAGCUGGUUGAGAGAAUGCCAAGAGUGUGCAAAGCUGUCAUCAAGGCAAAGGGUGGCUACAUUGAAGAAGAAAAACUUUUUGGGUUACGACAUGAUUUCUUAUGUGUUAUUUCAUAAUGUUGAUGUAUUCACUAUUAUUCUACAAUGUAGAACAUAGUAAAAAUAAAGAAAAACCCUGGAAUGAGUAGGUGUUCAAACAUUUGACUGGUACUGUAUAUAAAUCCAUCCAUGUUUGAGGAUGUCAGGAGAUUAUGUAAAAACCGUCCACUAGGGAUAAAAGAGAGAACCGUUAACUUCAAGUAGGUUCAUCUGCCUCUGGUUCCAAAGGUUGCAUGUUCGAAACCAGCGAGAGAAAGUUAUUUCUGUUUUAAUUAAGCCUAUCCCAAACCUCAACCCUAACCUUAAGCAUUCUGAUUUAAUGCCUAAAAUGUAAGAAUUCAGAGUUAAUGCCUAAACGUCACCCUAACAUUAUAAAUUCAGAGUUAAAUGACUAAACUUAAACAACUUCGAAAUUUGACAUUUGAGAAACAUGGAUGAACGUCUAAUUCUGACAUGUGACUGUGAGCUCGUUGGUUAGUAUUCUGUAUCUGCCUGGUGUAGGGCUAACUUAUUUAAUAGCAUGCAGCCAUUACAUCACUCUGUCUAAUUUGUAAGUAUAAUGACAUCCUGUCCAAUCCAGUAUGUGGUACAAAAUAGAAACACUGCUGUAAUUAACAAAGCUUUCUCUCAAGCUUUUAGUAGCCAGUUACCAGACUGGUCAGGGUCAGUAAGAUUUUCAGAGGACUGGGGAAACAAUUCAACAAGUCCAUACCUGUUCAUAAGAUGAACAGGAUCAGGCAGUUAGUUGAUGUUUGCUGUCUUUUGAAAGUAAAUGAGCAAUGUUUGCUUUAGGGAGAGUACACUACCUUUUAGUGUACAUACUGUAAAUUACAAGGCACAUGCAAAACAUUUUUUUAAAUGGUACAAUCAAAUACCAGUAUGUGCAUAAUGGGUGGUAGGUAUUCUGACUUGAGAUCUACAGUGCAUUGAGAAAGUAUUCACACCUCUGGACUUUUUCCCCAUUUUGUUGUGUUACAGCCUGAAUUUAAAAUGUAUUUAAUUGCGAUUUUGUGUCACUGGCCUACACACAAUACCCCAUAAUGUCAAAGUGUAAUUAUGUUUUUAGAAAUAUCCCUUUGAGCAUGGUGAAGUUAUUAAUUGCACUUUGGAUGAUGUAAUCAAGAGACACAGUUACUAUAAAGAUAAUGCAAAAUUCCUAACUCAGUUGUCGGAGAGGAAGGAAACCACUCAGGGAUUUCAACCAUGAGGCCAAUGGUGACUUUAAAACAGUUACAGAGCUUAAUGGCUGUGAUAAUAGAACACUGAGGAUGGGUCAACAACAUUAUAUAUACUCCACAAUAAUAACUUAAACGACACAGUGAAAAGAAGGAAGCCUGUACAGAAUAAAAAUAUUCCAAAACAUACAUCCUGUUUGAAAAUAUGGCACUACAGACAAAUUGCAAAAAAAAACAUGGCAAAGAAAUUAACUCAAUGUCCUGAAUACAAAGUGUUAAGUUUGGGGAAAAUCCAACACAUCACUGAUUACCACUCUUCAUAUUUUCAAGCAUGGGGGUGGCUGCAUCAUGUUAUGACAAGUCAGCAUUAAACAUAAACUGGUUGUAAUAGGGGUGGCCAAACUUACUCCAAAGACUGAAGUCAGCAGGAUUUUGUUCCAGUGAAGCAGUAAUAAAACAACAAACUGAUUAAACUAAUUAACUUAUUAUGGUCUUCAGUCAAAAUAACCAUGAUAAAUUCAUUCAGGUUGAGCUGGAACAAAAACAUGCAUGAACUUGUCACACCCUGACCUUAGAUGUCUUUGUUUUCUUGAUUAUUUUUGGUUAGGUCAGGGUGUGACGAGGGUAGUUGGUUUUGUUUUUGUAUUGUCUAGGUGUUUUUUUGUCCUGUCUAGGGUUUUUGUAUAUCUAUGGGGUUUUUGUAUGUCUAGGUAAUGUGGUGGCCUGAAUUGGUUCCCAAUCAGAGGCAGCUGUUUAUCGUUGUCUCUGAUUGGCGAUCCUAUUUAGGUUACCAUUUUGGUUUUGUGGGUUAUUGUCUAUGUGUAGUUGCAUGUCAGCACUCGGUUGAUAUAGCGGCAAGGUCGUUUGUUUAGUGGUCUUCCUUUAAUUAAAGAAGAAUGUAUUCAUA